AUGGAGACCGGGUACGCCGGGUUCUCGCUCCCAGAGGAAGUCGAGCCCACCGUGGUCCCGUCAGUGUCACAGCCCACUACUGACUUUGCGGCCAAUGAUGAGGCGCAGGGAGCGCAAGGAAGAGGCGUGGAGUUCUCGCUCCCAUCCGAGGUCGAUCACCGACACCCCGAAGUCCCGUCGCAGCCCACUGACGUUGCGGCCAAUGAGGCGCACCUGCAGGGAGCACAAGGAGGAGAGCUGCCCUAUGACGACACCCAUAUUAAACCCACAGGUCACUCAAAGCCACUCGUCUACGCCAAACCACGCGAUCUUCCGAGCUUCCCGUCGGUAGGUGUCCAAGACACAGGAUCCGCCGCCGGUGCAGCUGCGAGUCUCGGCUGGGCAAAUAAGAAAUCACCAGAGUUGUGGAAACCUAGCAAAACGGCUUCGGCUUCGGCUUCAAAAGCAGCUCUCAUGGCGAAAGACUACAAACCCGCCCCGGUCUGGGAACCUGCGGCCAGUAGCCAUGGGGCCAAGGCAGCCCUACUUGCAGCACAGUCUGCCAAGAGUACCGAUGCUUGGAAGCCUUCAGCGACUGAUACAGGCCUGUCUGCCGCGACACUUGCUUUCAAGUCUGAUCGCACUACACCGCGAGGCUCUCGAGGAGACACCACGGAGCGCCAAAAGUCGAUGCUGGCUGCCAAGGGCGCCAUGGCUAACCGCCGGCGGGCCGGAUCAGCGCCUGUCCCCAGAGACUCAUACCCAGAUGAGGCAAAUGCAACUGCCAACGCCCUGAGUGCCGCGACCCGAGCCCACCGACCUGCCAGAUCAGCAGUACCCAGUGAGAACGCGGGCGCCGUCCCAUACACCACGAUGAAUAGGCAGAUGUUCACGUCGCACCCACCCGUUAAAGCCGAAGUCGAUGAGCAGCAGAGAGCCGACGUUCUGCAUGCUUCAGCAGUUGCCAUGGCCAAGAAGAUGUACACCCUACAACAAAACAUGAUAGACGCCCGAAAGACACAUGCCGAUGCCACCUCAGCCGACGACCAGCCAGACGCAUCUACUACUGUCAGCGAUGACGCACAGCCGGCACGUUUUACCACCCUACAAGAUGCUGCCUACAAGCAAGCACAGGCUCGGCUUGCGAAGAUGGAACAGGAAAACGCCAAGAACCGAGAUUAUCAGGAAUAUUAUGGGACCAACAAGCCAGUCUCGCGUCGCUUCUCUGUGAAGGGCAAGCUCAGGCGAAGAUCAUCUAGCGACGGUGCUUCUAUCGAAGACCGGAAUCGAUCACAGCAGAUACGACAGCAGAUGUCUAUGUUUUCUAACAAGCUCUCUGAAGUUGACGGGAAAAAACGCCAACAUGACCAAGAAGUCUUGCUCGCUGCAGCCCGACGAAAUGUUCAGGCACGAAUGAAGGGAAUGGACGACAAGAUAUCGGCUGAGACGGGCAUGGUCCCGGCUUCCACCCUGACUCGAUGGGAGACGAAAGCCCACGCUGCCGCACAGUCGCGUAGCAACGAACGCGCAAGCCAGCACCAAGGCAAGAUUAAUAUUGGCGCUGGCAAAUAUAUGAGUCAAGAGGAGAUCGACGCCAUCGCAGCCAGUCGGGUCCAGCCGGUCCUGGAUGAAAUCAACGAAAAGGCCGAGAAUGAGCAUGCACGGCAGACUGAACUGCGGCUCGAAAUGGAAAAGAAGAAAGAGGAACAAGAAGUCGAGAAAGCACGAAAGAAGGAGAUCGACGACAUCAAUGACAAGCUGAAAGAACAGGAGAAAGCUGAACAGCGGGAGAGGAAGGCCAAAGAGAAGCAGGAGGCUAAAUCGAAGAAGGACGAGGAGAAGGCAGCCAAGGCAGAACAGAAACGACUCUCCAGGGCUGAGAAGUCCAAAUCUGUAGACAUUGCUCGCCAAGAAGAACAGGAUGGCGCACCAACCGGGGUGGUCGUGACGAACAGCAGCGGCCAACCUGUUAGUCUGCCUAUCUCACAAGCACAAGCCUCUCCGACAACAGACCCAGAGACGGAAAUGGACGGCCAGUCAAAGUCACCUACAGACAGCUCACAACCGGGCAAGGUGAAGACUUGGUUCAAGUCCCGCUUCUCGAGAGGUCCAAAGUCGCCAGACGAGGACAAACCUCAGGGAAAGUUGACCAGGAAGAGCUUCGUUGGCGGCGCGGCUCUGACCGGCUUGGAAGGCAACGAGAGCUCAGCUAGUCUUGACAACGGCAGUGCCAGCGUUCGGGCCGUUGCGAUGGCUGGGAACCCCCAACGUGGAAGACGAAGCGUUUCGGGAAACCGGUCUUCUCAGCAUGGCAACGCGGAAGCAGUCUCCCCAAUGAGUAGCGAAAUCGAAAGCGAGGAGGGGUACUUCCGCGACGAGGCCUCCCUGACGCCCCCGAAGCCGAUCCGGGACUCUUCCACCCCUAAGAGCCAAAGUCCAGUCAGGCACUCGAUGUUCCACGAGAACAUUUGA